AAAAAAGAAAAAGAAAUAUAGGUGCUUCAUUGAAUAUUAAUAGACAUCGCCUCGGCCCUUCUUCCUCAGCGUAUAUUUUUCUUCAUCUGUCUCCUAGGCGUUGCGUCUUCUGCGUUCUCUUCCUUCACAACAUCCCAACCCUCUUCAAUUGCUGGCUUAUAUUUUUCUACUUAUUUAGGCUAUAUACUACCCAGAUUCUCACAGGCAUUUCCUUUCAAGAUCCUUCCUUACCAAGGACUUUUCCCGUUUCUCCCGGAGGGUGACAUUUCAACUCAAUCUUGCAGCUACAUCAGAUUCCCAAACAUCAAUCCAAUGACUCUGGACUCCGCGACCAAUAUCCCCGGCGGCUAUGGCUGGGCCGGCGCCAUGCCGCAGAAGCAGGGUCUGUACGACCCCGAGAACGAGCGUGAUGCAUGCGGUGUUGGCUUCAUCAUCAACAUCAAGGGCCACGCCUCGCACAAGAUCCUGCACGACUCGGAAGACCUCCUCUGCAACAUGAGCCACCGCGGCGCCGUGGGUGCCGAUGAGCGCGACGGUGACGGCGCGGGAAUAAUGACCGCAAUGCCGCACAAGUUCCUGUCGAAGGCAUUUGCCCAACACUCCUGCCAGCUGCCAGUGCCUGGCCAGUACGCAACCGGCAACCUGUUUUUCCACAGCGACGCUGAGGUCGCCAGUGAAACCGGCCUGAGUGUGGCCGCCUGGCGCCAGGUGCCGCGCAACUCCAAGCUUUUGGGGCCGCCGCUGGUUGUGCCGACCGAGCUGUUGAAGAGGCUGUUUGUGGUGCGCAAGCGCGCACAGCAUGAGAUCGGCUUCGACAGGUGGUUCUAUAUUUGCUCGCUGGCAACGCGCAACAUUGUCUACAAGGGCCUGCUGACGCCAGCCCAGGUGCCCGAGUAUUAUGCGGACCUCCGUGAUGACGACUACGAGACGCAUUUUGCAUUGGUGCAUUCGCGCUUCAGCACAAACACGUUCCCGUCAUGGGAACGCGCCCAGCCGUUCCAUUGGUGUGCACACAACGGUGAAAUCAACACGCUGCGCGGAAACAAGAACUGGAUGCGCGCGCGCGAGGGCCUGCUCAAGUCGAGUGCGUUUGGCAGUGACAUCAGCAAGAUCUUCCCGAUCAUCGACGAGUAUGGGUCGGACAGUGCGGCAUUCAACAGUGUGCUGGAGCUGCUGGUGACAAGCGGGUCACUGUCGAUGCCCGAGGCCUGUGAUGGUGAUGGUGCCCGAGGCAUGCCCGCGGAGAAGCGUGCGUUCUACGAAUGGGCAUCAUGCAUCAUGGAGCCGUGGGAUGGCCCGGCGCUGUUCACAUUCAGUGACGGGCGGUACUGCGGAGCAUCACUGGACCGCAACGGGCUGCGGCCCGUGGGCACGGUGAAGAUUGCGCCGGAGCUGGUGCAGUCGAAGGGCCGGCUGAUGCCCGGGCGGAUGCUUCUGGUGGACACCAAGGCAGGCGAGGUAGUAGACGACGAGAAGCUGAAGCUCGGAUUUGCGCAGCGGCGGCCGUUCCGGCAGUGGCUGGACCAGAACCAGAUCACGCUGAGCCAAUUGCCCGUGAGUGCAAAGCCAGUGGCAAUCGACCAAGAGCCGAUCUCACGCGACCGGCGGCUGCGUGUAUUUGGAUAUUCGGCAGAGCAGCUGAAUUUGAUCCUGGGACCGAUGGUGCAGAACGGCAAGGAGCCGCUGGGGUCGAUGGGCAACGACACGGUGCUGGCGUGCCUGGACGAAAGCCCAAGGCUGCCGUACGAGUACUUCCGCGAGCUGUUCGCACAGGUGACGAAUCCGCCGAUCGACCCGAUCCGCGAGAAGAUCGUGAUGUCGCUGCGGUGCCAUGUGGGGCCGGAGGGCAAUCUACUGGAGGUGUCGGAGCAGCAGACUCACCGCUUGUCGUUGGAUUCGCCGGUACUGACCAGCAGCAUGACCAGCAAGUACCCAAGCUGGGUCGCGCAGGGCAUCAGCGGGUACGAGUGCGCGCUGGACCGCGUGUGCUCCGAGGCACUGCAGGCGAUCACAGAUGGCGCCAAGGUUCUGAUUCUGUCGGACCGCCUCGUCGGGCCAUCGCGGGUAGCAUUAUCCGCGCUUCUGGCGGCUGGUGCCGUGCACCACCACCUGGUGGCAGCCAAGCAGCGCGCCAAGGUGGCAUUGCUAGUGGAGUCGGGCGAGGUGCGCGAGGUGCACCAUUUCUGUGUAUUGGUCGGAUAUGGAGUCGACGCAGUGUGUCCGUACAUGGUGUAUGAGGCCAUUGCCAAGAUGCAGCGCGAGCAUGUGCUUGAGUUCAUUGAGCGGUACCGGUAUGCAGUCGACGAUGGGUUCCGCAAGGUCAUGUCGAAGAUGGGCAUUUCCACCAUGCAGUCGUAUAAGGGUGCGCAGAUCUUCGAGGCCCUGGGCGUGGCCCAGCAGGUCAUUGACAAGUGUUUCGUCGGCACGGCCUCGCGCGUCGGCGGCACAACCAUGGCAGGCUUUGCCGCAGAUGCAUUGGCGCGCCACAAUGCCGCAUAUGUCGAUGGCAAUAUAGUCAAGGAGAUUGCGGCCAUCAACGACGAGGGAGAGUACAACUGGCGCAACGGCGGCGAGAACCACGUGAACACGCCCGGCUCCAUCGCCAGCCUGCAGGACGCAGUACGCACCAAGAAUGCAGCGUCAUGGCAAAAAUACACUGAGCUGUCAGCAGCGUCCAUCCGGAACAGCACGAUCCGCGGGCUUCUGGAUAUCAAGCAGGAUGCGUCGCGGGCCAUCCCGAUCGAGGAGGUGGAGCCCGGAUUCUGCACCGGCGCCAUGUCGUAUGGGUCGAUCUCCAAGGAAGCGCACACGGCUUUGGCGGUGGCCAUGAACCGGCUCGGCGGCAAGAGCAAUUCGGGCGAGGGCGGCGAGGACCCGGAGCGGUCGGUGAUCAAGCCAAGCGGCGAUAGCGAACGCUCGGCGAUCAAGCAGGUGGCGUCGGGACGGUUCGGCGUCACCAGCAAUUACCUGGCAGAUGCCGACGAACUGCAGAUCAAGAUGGCCCAGGGCGCCAAGGCCGGCGAGGGAGGUGAGCUGGCAGGCACCAAGGUGUCGCGGGAGAUUGCCAAGACCCGCCACACGACGCCGGGUGUCGGCCUUGUGUCGCCGCCGCCGCACCACGACAUCUACUCGAUCGAGGACCUGAAGCAGUUGAUUUUCGAUCUGAAGAGCGCCAACCAGCGCGCGCGCGUCUCUGUCAAGCUAGUCAAGGCCUUGGCUGACCAUAUUCUGAUUGCUGGCCACGAUGGCGGCACGGGUGCCGCGCGCUGGACCGGCAUCAAAUACACAGGGUUGCCGUGGGAGCUCGGGCUGGCCGAGACGCACCAGACCCUGGUGCUGAAUGACCUGCGCGGCCGCGUGGUCCUGCAGACCGACGGGCAGCUCAAGACUGGUAAGGACGUGGCAAUUGCGGCGCUGCUGGGCGCCGAGGAGUUCGGCUUCGCCACCACACCCUUGAUCACCCUUGGGUGUGUGUACCUGAGGCGCUGCCACCAGAACAACUGCGCGGUGGGCGUGGCCACGCAGGACCCGGAGCUGCGCAAGAAGUUCCAAGGACAGCCGGAACAUGUGAUCAACUUCUUCCAUUACCUGGCCGAAGACGUCCGUGCGCUGAUGGCCCAGCUGGGCUUCCGCACCUUCAACGAAAUGGUGGGCCGCGCCGAGCACCUGCGGGUGCGCGAUGGAUAUGCGUCGGCUAAGGGCAUGUUGGAUCUGAGCAUGCUGUUGAAGCCCGCGCAUGCGAUGCGGCCGGGAGUGGCGACAUACCAUGUGCUUGCCCAGGACCACCAAGUCGAGAGCCGCCUAGGACGCCCGCCUCCUGCCGCAGCUAGUGGACCAGUCUGCAGGGUGGCGAGCCCACCGAAGUAUCGGACGGAGAUAUGCAAUACGGACCGGGCGUUCGGCACGAUUCUGUCGUACCACGUGUCGCUUGCCCACGGGCUUUCGGGCCUGCCCUCCGGCACCGUGCAUUUGAAGCUGCGGGGCUCGGCGGGCCAGUCAUUGGGUGCGUUCCUGGCGCCGGGGCUGGCGAUCUCCCUGGAGGGAGACGCAAACGACUAUGUCGGCAAGGGGCUGUCGGGCGGCCGGCUGGUGGUGUAUCCGCCAAGAAACUCGCAGUUCGACGCCAGCACAAAUGCGAUCGUCGGCAAUGUGUGUUUGUUCGGGGCGACUAGCGGCGAGGCCUUCUUCAAUGGUGUGGCGGCGGAGCGCUUUGCGGUGCGCAACUCCGGUGCGUUGGCGGUGGUCGAGGGUGUGGGCGACCAUGGGUGCGAGUACAUGACUGGCGGGCGCGUGGUGGUGCUGGGCAAUGCUGGCAUUGCAUAUGUCCUGGCGGACAAUUUCCAUAUGAACUGCAACACAGAGUCCGUUGACCUGGAGACAGUACAUGGCAGUGAGGCUGAGUGGCUCAAGCUGACGAUCCAGCGGCAUGCCGAUCUGACCGGCUCCAAGAAGGCCAAGGAGGUGUUCGUCAAGGUGUUCCCGCGCGACUACAAGCGCGUGCUGCGCGAGGAAGAGGAAGAGGCUGCUAAGGCUGCUACGCACAAGCACCAGCUGUCGGAUGGCUCAGACUCAGAGAAGACCGUGGUGAAUGAUGGCCUGGUGGACAUCGAGGACGCGCUGGUGGACGACACGCAGCUCAAGGACCGGUUCGCUAAGCUGGACAAGCUGCGCGGGUUCGCCAAAUACAAGCGGCGCGCAGACAAGUACCGCAACGCGCGGCGCCGGGUCAACGACUGGGACGAGAUCUCGGCGCGGCAGUCCAAGAGCCAGCUGCAGGUGCAGGCGUCCCGGUGCAUUGACUGCGGCGUGCCGUUCUGCCAGUCCGACCAGGACGGAUGUCCGAUUGGCAACGUGAUUCCGAAAUGGAACGAACUGGUGUUCAAGGACCAGUGGCGCGCGGCCUUCGACCGGCUGAUGGCCACCAACAACUUCCCAGAGUUCACCGGUCGCGUGUGCCCGGCGCCAUGCGAGGGCGCAUGUGUGGCGGGGAUCAGCGAAUUGCCGGCAGCCAUUAUUGACCAUGCGUGGGAGAUGGGAUGGAUGCAGCCCACGCCGCCGGCUGUAAGGACCGGUUGCUCGGUGGCCAUUGUCGGGUCGGGCCCCGCCGGACUGGCGGCAGCUGAGCAGCUGAACCAGGCGGGCCAUUCCGUGACGGUUUAUGAGCGCGAGGACCGUGCCGGCGGACUGCUUACGUACGGCAUUCCGAACAUGAAGCUGGACAAGCGCCUGGUGACAAGGCGUAUCGACAAGCUCAUGCAAGAGGGCGUCGCCUUCGUUACCAACGCCCACGUCGGCGUCACCCACGCAGCCAGCGACCUGCAAACCCAGCAUGACGCCCUGCUGUUGGCCACCGGCGCCACGUGGCCGCGCGACCUGCCUAUCGACGGGCGCUCGCUGGAUGGCAUCCACUUCGCCAUGGAGCACGGCGCCCAGUCGGUUGUGAACUUUGAGCUUCUGCCGAUGCCGCCCAAGCAGCGCGCCUCGGAUAAUCCGUGGCCACAGUACCCGCGCGUGUACCGCGAGGUCGUCACCAGGUUUGGCAAGGACCCGCGCGAGUACUGCAUUUCGGCCAAGCGCUUUGUCGGAGAGAGCGGAUGCGUGACCGGCAUCGAGACGGUGCGCGUCGAGUGGACCAAGCAGGACGGCCGGUGGAGCAUGGCGGAAGGUGCCUGGGCGGACCUGGUGUUUUUGGCCAUGGGGUUCCUGGGCCCCGAGAAUAAGGUCAUUGAGGAGCUGCAGGUGAAGCAGUCGGCGCGCUCCAACAUUGAGACUCCGCAGGGCAAGUACUGCACUAGUGUCUCUGGUGUGUUUGCGGCGGGCGACUGCCGCCGUGGGCAGAGUCUUGUCGUCUGGGGCAUUAACGAGGGCCGCCAGGCGGCGCGCGAGAUCGACCAGUAUCUACUUAGCAAAAGUGUCUCGCAUCUACCGGUGUCCGGCGGCAUUGUCCCGCGUACUGUCACUGCCCUCGCAGUAGAGAGCUCGUAGGCGUGUUUUCAUUCUGAU